CGGGAAUGCGGGCCAGCUGUCCUGCGUCCCUGGUCUGCGAGGUCUGUGGAGAAGUCGGGCGAGUUGGCUCCGCCCUGCCAGUACUUUGCUGAUUUAUGUUGUCGAUAAUUAUUCACUGUGUCUCAUGCCAUCUAAUCGACAAUUCAUUUCAUUCUUGCGAUUGGUACAAUACUUUCCCCUGCGCGCUAUUUGAAUCGUUCGAAUGCCCAACGGGAUCAUCCCCAAGACCCCAAUGACCGACUUGCCCUCACAACAGGACGGUCCUAGGGGCAUUUCGUCAGUUUCCUUCUUUUUGCCAUUGGUCUAUUAUUUUUGCGUCUGAAAUACACCGCGGCAGCUGAAGUUGGAGCCAAACAAAAGGUGGAACGAUUAGCUUUGGAUGCGCACGUGGCUGCAUCCUGGAUUGGAAGCAAUACGUGGUUGGUUGGCAUAAACGUUGGGCUGCGGCUGUGUGGCUUUCCCAAACACUCUCCGCCUAAGGCUGAAUCUUCGACUUCUGCUCAGAACGCUUCUCCGGCAUCGUCGCAUCAACCACUGUUCCUCCGCUAUCGAGGCGCCACGAGGAACCUGCAUCGAACAGAACCGACCGCAGCCGAUUGACUCCCGAGUUCGCAUUCGUCUUCCCGAAGACCCAGCCGGUUCCUUCGCAAUGGCUACACAAGUAACUACCGAAACCAGAAAUCAUAAUGAAUACACUGUAGGAUAGGUUUGCGCUCUGCCCAAAGAGCAGACAGCAGCCACAGCUAUGCUAGACCAGAGACAUGCAGAUCUCCCAAAGCCGUCAAACAACCCCAACACUUAUACCCUUGGAUCUUUUAGUAGUCAUAAUGUUAUCAUAGCUUGCCUACCCAAAGGACAGAUCGGCAAUAAUACAGCAGCGACUAUUGCCGCUUUUAUGGUCUCCACCUUUCCGUCUAUUAAGUUCGGACUGAUGGUUGGCGUCAGCGGCGGUAUUCCGCCCAAGGUACGACUCGGCGAUGUGGUCGUUAGCACACCAGUAGGCCAGUUUUCCGGGGUAGUCCAAUAGGACUUCGGCAAGGCGGAAGAAGGCGGCAGCUUCAAACGGACUGGCUCGCUGAACAAUCCACCAAUUUCGUUGCUUACGGCUUUGACAAAACUGGAGACGGAGCAUGAAAUGAAGGGGUCCAGGAUACAGGAGUAUCUAGACGAACUGAAACAGAAAUGGCCAAAACUAGAGCCAAAGUAUCUAAGGUCUGAUUCACUUAAGGAUGUUCUGUUUAAAGCGAGUUACGGCCAUGUUACCGAAAGCACGGAUGGCGGCGCCAUCUCCGGCCGUGGAGACGAAGAGGAGGGAGAAGGGAGCUGUCGAUUCUGCGAUAGGACCCAAAUUGUCAGGAGGAAGCCCAGAGAUAUGCGUGUGCAUUAUGGCCUGAUUGCAUCUGGUAACCAGGUCAUUAAGGACGCUACCAUCCGGGACAGACUUACCAAGGAUCUUGGUGGUCAUGUUCUUUGCGUUGAAAUGGAAGCGGCGGGACUGGCCUACAACUUCCCGUGUAUCGUCAUCCGAGGAAUUUGCGACUAUGCAGACUCGCACAAGAAUAAAGACUGGCAGGAACAUGCUGCAGCAGUAGCUGCAGCGUUUGCGAAGGAAUUUCUUCAAUAUAUCCAGCCAGGUGAUAUUAACGGGGAGCACCCAGUGAGAGACAUAAUUAGCCAGGGUUAGUAGUUUUUAAAUGAAAUUGGCAACGACUCCUAACGUUGAGUUUAGUUUGCGAUGUUGUAUCUACAAUUCGAGAGAACGCCAUGCAUACCCGGGCCCAACUGAACAAAAAAGAAGAUGCUGAGAUUCUUGAUUGGCUCACGCCAGUUGACUACGGCCGGCAACAAAGCGACUACUUCGGGAACAGACAACAAGGAACUGGCCAAUGGUUUCUGGAAUCCGCAGAGUAUCAAGAGUGGCUUGAUGCGGACGGCAAGACACUGUUCUGUCCGGGCAUCCCAGGGGCCGGGAAGACGAUACUGUCGUCGAUUGUAAUUAACAAUCUCCACACGCGAUUGUCCGAAAACCCCAGCAUUGGGAUUGCCUACAUCUACUGCAACUUUCGCCAAGAGCAAGAGCAGAAAAUUAAUGAUCUUUUGGCAAGUCUGGUUAAACAACUUAGCCGGGGCUGGCAUUCCCUGCCAGAAAGUGUUAACUCUCUUUAUGGCAAGCAUAAGAAGAAUGCGACACGUCCAUUAGUUGAGGAAUUAUCGGCAACCUUACAAUAUGUGAUUGAGUUAUAUACAAAGGUGUUCAUUAUUGUCGACGCUCUUGACGAAUGCCAAGCUCUUGAUGAUUGUCGGGGCAAACUUUUGUCUGAAAUCUUGAGAUACCAGGACAGGACUGCGGUGAACUUUUUCGCAACAUCAAGGCCUAUUCCCGACAUCACCAAGUUUUUUCAGCAGACUCUUUGCCUUGAAAUUCGCGCGACUAAGGAUGAUGUCACCCUGUAUCUCGAGAAACACAUAGGAACGCUUCGGCCAGUCAUCAAAACUAACUCGCGGCUUCAAGAACAGAUCAAGAUAGGCAUAUCAGAUGCAGUCGACGGAAUGUUUCUCCUGGCCCAUAUUUACCUUCACUUCUUCAUGGAUAAGGUAACAGAGAACGAUGUUAGAAGCGCCUUGAAAGAGAUUCAGAAGCAAAAGCAGGCAUAUGGAGGUAAUAAGCACAAGUUACUAUCGGGUGCCUAUGAUCAUAUAAUGGAGAGAAUCAGUAGACAAAAACUGGGCUUGCGAGAGCUCGCGAUACAGGUUCUCUCGUGGAUUACUUGCGUCAAGCGACAGCUUACGAUAAUAGAACUUCAGCAUGCCCUAGCUACUAAACAAGGCAACCGAACGCUAGAUGCUGGAGACAUAGUACCUAUUGAGGAUAUAGUCUCAGUAUGUGCUGGAUUGAUCACAGUGGACCUCAAACGCGACAGCAUUCGGCUUAAUCACUAUACUGCGCAACAAUAUCUUUUUGAUAAAAGGAACGAAUUAUUACCUAACACGGAGUUUAAUAUUAUGACAACCUGCUUGACGUACUUGUCACUUGAUGCCUUUGAGAGCGGUUUCUGUCGGACGGAUGAAGAAUUUGAAGAGCGGAUGAGGUUGAACCCGUUCUAUCACUAUUCGGCAUGUUACUGGGGCAGCCAUGCUUAUGACAUCAAAACUUUGAGUGGAGCAGCCAUUGAUUUUCUCGAAUCCACUGCAAGAGUAGAGGCAUCGGUCCAAGCCCUGAUAAAUUCAAAUCUUGCAUGGACGCUAUGGAGACCGGGGUAUAGUCAAAAGUUUCCAAGACAACUGUCUGGGCUGCAUUUGACGGCUUUUUUCGGGCUCGAGGACGGUGUACAAGUUUUUGGGUCUAGCUGCUAUACCUUUAACAUGAGGGACAGUGAUGGUAGGACUGCGCUGUCCUAUGCAGCAGAGAAAGGGCACGAUACAGUUGUCAAACUAUGUCUCGACAAAGUUGACCUCGAUAUUGAUUCUAGCGACAAGUAUGAUCGAACACCGCUGUGGUGGGCCGCCACGCGAGGGCAUGAGGCAAUCGUCAAGCUCCUUAUAAAUACGGGAAAAGUCGAUGUUGAUGCUCAAGAUCGAGAAGGUCGGUCACCGCUCCGAUGCGCCGUUGAGCAUGGUUAUGAAGCUAUAAUCAAGUUACUUCACAAUGAGGGAAAAUGCGAUCUGAAUGUUCAAGAUGAAUUUGGCCAAACAGCACUCUCCUGGGCCGCCAAAAGAGGCCAGGAAGCCAGGGUCAAGCUGCUCCUCAAUUCGAGCGGUGUAGACGUCGAUUCUAAAGAUGAAUUUGGCCGAACACCACUGCGCUUGGCUGUCGAGAAAGGACACAAUGCUAUUGUCAGGAUGCUUCUCGAUACAGGAAAUGUUGACGUUAAUGCAAGAGACGUUGAUAGUGAUCAGACAAUAUUCUCGUGGGCCGCCAUGCGUGGACGUGAGUUCGUUGUUCAGAUGCUGCUUCGUACGGGAAAAGUCGACGUUGAUACUAGAGAUAUUCACUUUAGCCGCACGCCGCUCUCGUGGGCCGCCAUGUAUGGACACAAGGCUAUUGUAGAACUUCUUCUAAGUCUUGGAGGAGCUGAACCUGAUGCUCAAGAUUCGACUGGUCGAACUCCGCUAUCGCUGGCUGCUGAAGAAGGACAUGAGGCCAUCGUCCAUCUGCUUCUCAAUACUGGAAAGGUCAACGUGGCGGCUAGAGAUAACAUUUUUGGCCAGACGCCACUCGGUGUGGCCAUCAAGCGAAGACACGAGGCCAUCAAGCGAGGACACGAGGCCAUCAAGCGAAGAUACGAGGCCAUCAUCGACAUGCUACAUCAUCAUUCUAGCUCCUGA